AUGACAGAUGAACACGACAACGCCGUAGCGCAACCGAACGAGGGGACGUCCUCCACUGUCGUGGAGCACCUUCGCAAUGCCAUUCGGCAAGCAAUGAAGGACCCGGAAACGACGGAGGUGGUGGAGCUACUCUGUGACAACAAUGGAUGGACAGUUGAGGACUUCCUGCAGACACCACAUGUCUUCACUACGAUGGAAUUGUUCCUCCUUUCAACGCCACACCUUCCGCAGCUGCGACUCUUCCCUUACUUGACUGUUGUGAAGAUUAUACACGUUGGUCUUACCAGCAUGGAGCCCUUGUCCCAUCUACACCACGUGGAGGAGCUGUGGCUGAAUGAAAACAAUAUUCGCGUUAUUGAAGGACUCCAGAACAUGCACCGACUACAGCAACUCUUUCUGCAGGGGAACCUCAUUGAAUCUAUGGACGGUAUUCCUCAUCUUCCUCAAUUACGGAGCUUGUGGCUCUGUGGUAACAGCUUGCAGCACAUCAAGGGUCUGGGCUCUUUCCCAAAGUUAAAGUCACUCUGGGUCGCCUCGAACCGCAUCGCAACGCUAGAAAAUACCUUCACGCCCACUAUGGUGUCUUUGGAGGAUAUUAAUGUGGCAAACAAUCCAAUUUACUUCUUUGGUCAAUUGACUCAUUUGGGGGUCCUCAGGUCGCUACGCAGCCUCUGGCUUGGCGAUUCCAUGUAUGGCGACGCCCCCGUUUGUCACCUGAGCAACUACACAACUUUUACACUGCGCCAUCUGCCGCAGUUAGAACAACUAGACGGUGUUGCCAUUACAGUGGAACAGAGAUCGCUUGCAGUAUCUGUGUAUGCAAAGAAGAGCAUCUAUUACAGUAUGCGCGGUGCAAUAUUAGAUAGGAACAUCGCAGCGCUCCUUGAUCAGUUACAGCACGAGGCUGAAAGCAAGAGAAAUAUGGCUCGUGAGGCUUUGCGCCAGCUAGAUUUGGAAAUCUUAGAAUUGAGCGAGUCUGGACACGGUGCCAAACCGGAAAGCCGAGAUGCGACGGAAGAUGAGAAGGCACACAUUUUCAAGGUUCAACGGGCUCGUGAGACGCGGGAAGUGGAGCUGGAGGGAAUUGAGCGCCAGCUGCUGGAGGCACAGCAACGCACCAUCUUCGAGUCGGAUAUUCUACAUGAGCGCCUGUUGUUGGAGUUGAAUUCAUGCGGUAACAUUCGUCUGGAGGAAGGUACCGAAGCAGACAGUUGGUGCGCAAGCGCGAAGGAGAUGCUGAGCACUCGCUUCGAUGCGCAUCUGUAUGAGGCGGUGGGAGUCACCGGUGUCAAGGCAAACCGCGUUUUCCGCAUCAUGUGUCAAGGAUUGCGCGAGCGCUUCGACAACCGCAUGCGUGAACUCGACAUUGAUCUCGCCGAUACACGCAACCGCCGUGCCUUGGUGCGGCUCUUCAGUGCGGUCCCACGGCGCCCGCAGGACCAGCGCAGUUUCCUGCAUGAAGUGAUGAUGAAUGGCUUCACUAACCUCUACCCGGAGGACGAGGGAGUGGCGCUGACAAAUAGUCUGUACUACGCUGACCAGGAGCGGCUGUUAUCGGUGGGCAACUACCGCGACAUUUACGGCUUCGCUCUACCCUCCGAGUCGCUCUCCGGACAGGUGGUGGUGUGGCGACUGUUCCUCGGCAAGUGCGUGGCAGAGAUGGGUGGUGGUCGCAACUCCACUGGAAACAGCGAGCAGCCGUUCAUGAAGCGGGAUCGACGCCGCGUGACGCGGCAGCAGUACGGAGAAGAGGUUUUCUCUAUUCACCGCGCCUCCCCACAUGACUCGUCUGUGAAGGUGUGGCACAUGUUCGAUAAGUGCCUCGCGCUGCCGGAGUAUGUGAUUGACUUCACGUACACUACCAAGGCGCAUCUACAUGUCAACCCUGCGCUGUCGAUCUACGAUGAUGGAGCAGCGCUCCGGGCACUGUUGGAGCAGGUGCUGCCGGAGAGCGCACACGACGGCGUCAACGAUACACGCACUGUUGGAUAUCCAUUGCUUUCCUUCCUCAACUGGCUCAAGUCCAACACCUUCCACGUUUUUGCUGUUGAAGAGACGGAGAAUACUAUGCGGAACGCAAGGGAGCUGCAUCGACCAAAAUAUUCCACCUUCCACGCAAGCGGCCCCCUCAGCAACGAUGUGAUCGAGUCGUACGCAAGGCACAUAGGAUGCACCGCAGGUGAUUCCAUGCCGCAUUGUAGCAUAUUACAUCAGCAAAUCACGUCCAUUCCAGAGGUGCUGUCCCCCAAAAUGUUGGUGUCCCUCAAGAAACUACUUCUUCAUAAUAACAAGAUUUCAUGUGUUGCGUGGAAGGCGCUGUCCUCGGCAGCGCCACUGUUGGAGCAGAUCGAUCUGGGCCACAACGCUCUCGGGCGCGUUGAGUUUGCGGGCGCGGAGUUUCCCGCCCUCCAUACACUCUGUCUGAGCUUCAAUCAGCUGCAUACGCUGGAGGAUUUGUUUCAGCUCCGCCGGGGCGCACCACGCCUGAACGACUUUCAAAUGGAUCACAACCCGUGGAUGCUCGACAAAGCGGCGGAGGUGUUUUGCUUUGCGCUGCUGCCGCAGCUGCAGCACCUCAACGGUGUUGCGGUUUCGCGUCGUGCGUAUCUAACGUUUCUCCGAAAGCGCACAAUUAACUUUGAUCAGAUGGCGUUGCAGUACAUUAUUUCGGAAGAGCACAAACGACGCGGGGAGUGUGCCGCGCUCACGGGAUUGCUCCGAAGUGGCGGCGACGAUGAUGACAACAACAACAACGCACAUGUUUUGCGGGCGCGCUCCUUUGAACAAGUGUUUGCGGAGCUCGCGGAACAGACAGAUGCCGACCGUGCGCUCCACUUGUCAGCGAAGAAGGAGACUUUAUUGCCGCCUCUAAAGACUGCCCGCGCGUUUUGUUUUCGUCUCAGCCUGAUGCGUAGUCUUGAAUGGGUGACGUGGCUGCCACAGUUGCGUCACCUCAGCUUGUCAUCACACGUCAUUGAGGACCUCACGCCCUUGGGGGAGUUGCGGCACCUUAGGACGCUGAAUGUGAGAGACAAUAUGGUGACGUCGGCCAAGCCUCUCAGCGGCCUCCGGUUGGUGUCGCUGGACUUGUCGCAAAAUAAGCUGCACGCGACGGAAGGGCUGGAAAAGCUGAGCGAGUUGCGAUUUCUCUCGAUUGGCCAGAAUUCCAUUAUGAAUAUGUCCGCGCUGCAGAACUGCGUGUCCUUGGAGGAGCUCUACUUCCCCGACAACUUGGUCGCCAAGGUGCGUGACCUGUACCCACUGCAUCACCUGCCGAAACUCGUCUCGAUGGAUGCGGCAGGGAACCCGUGUGCCGGCCGAACAGACACGGAGGGGCGCAGUGAGUUCCGCGAUUACCUCAUCUACAACCUAUCCAAGUUAAAGGUGCUCAACGCGGUGCCAAUCAGCGAGGCGGAUCAACAGCGGGCGAGGGAUGUCUUCGCCGGCCGCGUAAACUCGGAGCUGCUUGUCGAGCGCGCGGGGACGCCUGGUCUGUGGAGCAACGCGCAAGAGGUGGACCUUUCGCAAUGCGGUCUGCGCGAGGUGAUGAUGCUGGAGCCAUUCACCCGCCUAAAGGUACUACACCUCCACCACAACUCUCUCAUGCGUAUUGAUGGCCUUCUGCCGCUACGCAACCUCGUCGCGCUGAACCUCUCACACAAUCGACUAGGUCAGUGUGCAGUGGGUAACGCGCUGCAGCACCUUGAUAGCCUUCGAUCGCUCUCGCUGGAGAGCAACCACAUCACCGACGUCGCUGCGCUGGGCCUUAAGCUGUCCCGUCUAAAAUUCCUGAACCUCAAGGGCAACGAAAUUGUCUCUAUUGAGCAAAGCCUGCAUGGGCUCACAGACCUACGAGAGCUAUUGCUGGACAACAACAAGCUGCGCUCGUUGGGGCCUGACUGCUUUUCAAGCAACCUGCAGCUCACGGACAUCUCCGCUGAGGAGAACUAUAUUCGCUCCACAGAGGGGCUGCAGCCGCUGGUGUGGCUUGAAGUGCUUAGUCUCGGCUCUAACCGCCUUAGCGAUCUUCGGCUGCUACUCAAUGACCUCCGCAACGCAAGCUGUCUGGCAACCGCGACGUUUAUUGGGAACGCCGUCGCGCGCAAGUCGCCGUACCGUUCACAGACGAUUGCCGCACUGCCGGCACUGACGAUGCUUGACCACAAGGAGGUGACCAACGAGGACCGCGAGAAGGCUGAGCUUUUGCGAGCUGCUGAGCUCUCGACGCCACACAACGUUGUGCUUGACCCCUCCUUUCCUGUUGAGGCGGUUGGUGGCGUGCGGCUGGGCGGCGCGGUGAGCCCGGCACGUGCGCUGUCGCACCAGCCGCCCCGCUUCCCUGUGCCCGUUAGCCAGCGGCUGCAGCUGCCGGCGUAUAAGAACGCCCGCUCGGCCUCGCAGAUGCGGGAGAACGGAGGCAAGACGUUUGCGUCGCGUGUGCCGGGGAGCCAGUGA